GUAGUAGUAGAAUGAAUCCUGACCGAUGUGGGUGAGAGGCGCGUCUCGAUUAAUCUAGGAAAAGUUCCUUGACGGUUCAUUUUUCUUCGCAUUUUCAUCUCUUCCCAUCAUAAUAGUUGAUGUCGUGCCAGAUCUCUACGGCAUCUUGGUUUGAAUCUUCCUCGUUGACCAGUUGCGUCUAAUAAUCUUGGGCUGGGCAAAUGUCGCACAGUUGCGGUUAUAUUACAAUUGCUGAGUCGUAGACGGCCGAGAAUAUUCAGUCGGUGUGUUGGCUUGUGAGAUUCUAAUGCCGCAGAUUGCCUUGCGUCCUCUUGCGCAUUAAUAGCCGACCGUGCCUACAUCGUCCCUUUUUGUCCUCCGGCGUCGCCGCACGAAGAUGGGCUCGACUAUGCUGGAGGACCGAGCAUCGAAGCUUUCGCGAUUACUUCACUCCCGGUCAACCUCCAACAUGUUCGAUAUUGCCAACGGCUCUCACACUAUCCACAGGAGCGGCUCGCCAUCAAACUCUCAUGUAUCAUCUCAACGUCAUAUCAACACGCCGGUGAGUGAGAGCGGGAGAUGGUCAAUCAAAUCACUGAAGAGGGAAUGGAAAGCCAGAACUCAUACCCGUUCGUUGUCUCACUUCCCAGACGGCAGAGUAGUAGAUAAAACGAUUGGUGAGUAUAGAGAUCCAGUGGCAACUUUACCAUAUCAAAAUGGCCGGAUCUCGCGUUUGAGGUCGAGGUCAUCCUCUGGCGUCCUCCUCGGCGGUCGGGUGGCGGGUCACCAAGAGUGGCCAGAGAGAAGCUCGUCAAGAAAGGGUUGGGGGCAUCCGCUGAGGACGAGCGUUUCCUCAAAGACACUUUCGCGGAUAAUUUGCUCGGAGGAUACAACGCCAGAGAUGCAGUUCCCGGUUAGGAAAGAUAUCAGUCGGUCUAGGUCAUCGACGAGGGUAGCUGCCGAACCCACAGGGGCAUAUUAUGGUUAUCAGCCCACGGUUCAGGUUAAGCCGCCUGCAUCAGAUAGUGGGCUCGAUGACAGAAAUGGAGCGAGCCCGCGAAAAGUCCCGACCCAGUCCAGACCCCUUCAACGCCCCACGCUUUCCAGGGGAGCAUCCAAGAAUUCAUUAACAAUAUCGAUCGAAAACCACGGGCAACGACCUGAGCAAUCAAACCUAGCUUAUCCGGGAACCUCAACCUCUUCUCAGCAAGCAGCUGAAAGAGGGUUUCUUCCACAACAAACUCUUGCACCUCCUAAAGAUCAUCUGCUGCCCGAUUCUCCUGGCUUUCCUAAGAUGCUGGCAGCAAUGACCUUCCCCUCUCCGCCAACAACCCCAAGACCGCCCUCAUCAGACAGAAGUAUCGGCUCAAUAAUACCUUGUCAAGCAAGCACCGCUGACCCCCCGACCGUGCGACCUCGGACAUCGAGUAAGCGCGCAUGCACAUCCAGUGCAUUGCCUGCGGCUUCACUCAACGAGCUAUUGAUGCAAGAUAUGAGGCCGGUUAUCAACCCUGCAGGCCUUGACGACGCGUCUUAUCCUGCAUUUCAGUCGGAGGAAUGGCCAACAGCCAGAAUGGAGAGCACCUCGGCGCCAAAGGAUAGAGAGACAGAGGACACGCCAUUGGAUGUUGACGAGUUGAAAUAUUGGCCUUCGACCGGUACAUAUUCCACUCCGGCCGGGACAGCAAGUGAUUCGGUCACUCCUACGACAAGUGAUAACGCAAAUUCUCUGCGAGAGUCCCUAGUGAGCGAGUUCACGACCACAACUAACUCUCACCGGGGAUCCCCCACUGCUGUCAGCUCUAAGACGUGCACUACCGAUGGAAAUGAGGUCACCUCGUACCCUAAAGGAGCGACUCACCGCUUUUGCCACUCGCUUCCAACAAUAACUCCAAGUCUAGCGAAGUCUUGUUAUAACCAGUAUCUAGGUUCCACGGACCUAGGACUUCGGGGUUAUAACAAGAACUUAGGUGCCAAGACCAUGACAAACAUGCAAAUAGCAAGUUUCGUGGACGGGCGAAAGAGUAUCUUGGAGAGAAGAAUGGCACGGAGGGCCAAGGUACAGGCCUACAAGAGACGAGACCUGGAUGCAGCCAAACUAGCUCUUAGGACUGCUGUAUUAGGAUCGAUGGGACUCGAGUCUAAUGAUUCCCCCAUUCUAGGAUGGUUUCCUGACAACGUCGCUCAUCCACGAAAACUAUCACAGCUAGAACCAUCCCAUAUGCGUACUGGGCAUAUAGUGUCCAUUAUGAAUGGAUCAUGUGACGAGUCCCCUCUACUUGGAGAAGAUCCGACUUCGUCAAAGGGGGGACAGAUAGCCCCAGGUAGAUGGCCCGAGGCACUUCAACCCACAUCGGCAACAUCUGGUCCAAGUAAUGACUGGAAGGUUUCUCCUAUGAUGAUGAUGGAGAUAGUUCCGGAAUAUGCUUCGGUUCUGAGGCGACGACAGGCACCAGAUGAAAUUUCUUUGUCACCUAUCAUGGUUGUUGCAGACCUCGAAUCUCAGCCAGGCUCACCAGUACUGUCCGUAUCUUCGGUACACUCUCUAGGAACCACGAAUGCGUCUUCCAGACCAGCCCUUAAACAUAGGCUUAAGAUAAUACCACAGACCCGUCCCAGGCCCGUGUCAGUCAUGAUGCAUCGAAACCCUACAACGGGCGAUAUCGAGCGGACUAUAUCAAGCACUAACAAAGCCAAUCGUCACAGCUUCACAAGCAUGCCAUCACUGCCGCCAUCGCCUAGCUCCCCGACGAUUAGAAGAAGAAGCCACUCACCAGGGGUUUUCUCAUGGACGCAGUCUCCCAUAGUGUGGGAUUCCACCAUAGCGUUCGAACAUUUAGUGCCAGAUACGACCAAUCAAAAGAACGGCAACAAAGACAGGUGGUGCGCAACAUCAAUGAAGGAACGACUGCAAAGAGAAAAGUUGGCAAGAGAGGAGGAAAUAUCCCAAUUGGUCGAAAAAACGAUCAAUGCCACAAAGCCCGAGGAGCCCAGUGGAGGAGAGACGGAAAAGUCCCAAGGGGAACACAUUGAGCAACAAAUCGAAGGGAGGAUACGACGUUUGGAAGAGAAUGGAGACGCUUGGCUCCGCGUCGUGAAGGGGUUAUUGGAAAACAUGACAAAAACUCUUCAUGACAUAAAAGAAGAAAACAAUCCAAGGGGAUUAACGAUGAAUGAAUUUACCGUAAACCUUGAAAUGGAAACAAACCAAAAAUCGGUCUUUACACCCGUCGUUUCUUCCCCGAUUCUAAUUAAUUUCAAUAAAAAUUAUAAAAAUAAAAUAUAA